UCCUCCUCCUCAGUUGUACCGAGCACCGGGCAGCUAGCAGCAGCAACAGCGAAACUACGACACCAGGAAGCAGCACCUUCUGUUUCUAGAAGCAACUCAUUUUUCAACUAAAUCCAUCCAGGAGCCAUGGCUAGCUACCACAAACCCGACGAGAAGACCCUGCAGGGGCUGAGAGACAUCGCCAACAAGCUCAGGAUCCAUUCCAUCAAGGCAACAAGCGCCUCUAACUCCGGCCAUCCGACAUCAUGCUGCAGUGCAGCAGAGCUCAUGUCUGUGCUCUUCUUCCACACCAUGCGCUAUAAAACUGAAGAUCCGCGCAACCACUGUAAUGACCGCUUUGUGCUCUCAAAGGGUCAUGCUGCACCUGUCCUGUAUGCUGCUUGGGCAGAGGCAGGUUUUGUGAAGGAGUCUGAUCUGCUUAACCUACGUAAGCUUGACUGUGACCUGGAGGGGCACCCCACACCAAAACUGGAGUUUGUUGAUGUGGCUACAGGAUCUCUGGGACAGGGUCUUGGAGCUGCUUGUGGGAUGGCUUAUACUGGCAAAAACUUUGACAAAUCCAGUUACCGUGUGUACUGCAUGCUGGGUGAUGGAGAGUGUUCAGAGGGAUCAGUGUGGGAGGCCAUGGCCUUUGCCUCCUACUACCAGCUGGACAACCUGGUUGCCAUCCUAGAUGUCAAUCGGCUCGGUCAGAGUGAGGCUGCGCCCCUGAAGCAUGACAUGGAGACCUACCGCAAGCGCUGUGAAGCCUUUGGAUGGAACACAUAUGUUGUGGAUGGACAUGAUGUGGAGGAGCUAUGCAAAGCCUUCUGGCAGGCUCAGCAGGUCAAGGGUAAACCCACCUGUAUCGUCGCUAAGACAUUCAAGGGCAAAGGACUCAAAAAUAUCGAGGAUCAGGAUAACUGGCAUGGAAAGCCCAUCCCUAAGGACAGGUUGGAUGACAUCCUGAAUGACCUGCAGUCUCAGAUCCAGGUCCCCAACAAGACUGUUUGCCCUCAGCUGCCCAGUGAAGAUACAGCACCUGCUGACCUCAGCCCCAUCCUGCUGCCUUCACCCCCAGCCUACAAGAAGGGAGACAAGAUGGCAACAAGGCGAGCAUAUGGUUUGGCACUGGCAAGACUGGGCCAGGCAAGCCAGAGAGUGGUGGCCCUUGAUGGAGACACCAAAAACUCUACCUUCUCUGACACUUUCAGGAAGGCCUUCCCUGACCGCUACAUUGAGUGUUUCAUUGCUGAACAGAAUAUGGUGGGAGUGGCCAUUGGCUGUGCUGCCCGUGACCGCUCUGUUGCAUUUGCCAGCACAUUUGCUGCAUUCUUCUCUAGAGCCUAUGAUCAGAUUCGUAUGGGAGCCAUCUCCCAGACAAAUGUAAACCUGGUGGGGUCUCACUGCGGAGUCUCUAUUGGUGAGGAUGGUCCCUCCCAGAUGGCUCUAGAGGACUUGGCCAUGUUCCGUGCCAUUCCAACCUGUACUGUGUUUUACCCCAGUGAUGCAGUGUCCACAGAAAGAGCUGUUGAACUGUCAGCCAACACAAAGGGUAUCUGUUUCAUCCGUACAAGUAGACCCGACACUGCAGUCCUCUACUCUCCAGAUGAGAAGUUUGAAGCGGGCGUUGCCAAGGUGGUGCGCCAGUCUGACAGCGAUCAGGUAACUGUGAUUGGGGCUGGUGUUACUGUGCAUGAGGCCCUGGCUGCUGCCGACAUGCUGGCCGCAGAAGGGAAGAACAUCCGUGUGAUUGACCCAUUCACCAUCAAGCCUCUGGAUGCUGCUACCAUUCUGUCCAGUGCCAGAGCCACAGGAGGACAGAUAAUCACCGUGGAGGACCACUACAAGGAGGGUGGUCUUGGUGAAGCAGUGCUGUCAGCAGUGGGUGGGGAGCCUGGCAUUGUUGUGACCCGCCUGGCAGUGAGUGGUGUUCCCCGUAGUGGAAAGCCCCAGGAGCUUCUGGACCUGUUUGGCAUCAGCGCUAAGCACAUCGCCAAUACUGUGCGUCAGACCUUUGCAAACUAAGGACUGCACAUUGUCAUCCAGGUUCUUGCUCUCUUCCAUCACAACCAACCUGCAGCUACUUGGCACAAUCACAUCUGUUAACGUCACUAGUGCUCUUUUGUGGCUUUGACUCAAGCACAGUGUAGUAAACUCUGUAUUAUUUCUAUUCUAGAUGAAGGGAGAUGAAUGCAGUGUGGUCAGAGCCAGUAGUGCUAAUACUUAACCCUUGUGCACCUUCUAGUACUCUCUGCUCCAGAUUGGUUCUACUGUUCUUAAGCAACAACAUUCCUUUCUUGUAUCCUCAAUUAUGUUCUCAAAGUCUUGCCAGAGACAAAGAAAAAGCAUCACCUACUUCUAUAAAGCAUCAUGCUGACUGAUUUAUAACCUGCCACGGCACAGCUUACUGUUCAGGUUCUGAUCUGUAGUAAACGCUUGGGCCAUAAGUUUUGUGGCAUUCAAACAUCAUUCCUUUUCCACAGUCAUUAACAUUCUUUGUCUUCCUCACUUGGCUGGUCUUAAUGCCUCUCUGUUACUGUUUGUUAUACAUGCAGUGUCCAUGAUCACUUUUUGUAGUUGUGCUUAGUGAUGCCUUUAACACUUAGGCUGUGGAAGAGAACUUUCUUCAAACCCAGUGUGAAAAGUUUACCCAGUUUAGUUCUAAGUUAACAUUCCACUAAUAUUUCCUGAUCACACGGGCAUCAUGCAAUGUUACUAGCAUUCAAGGUCACCGGUGUCAUCCUGUUACUGCUGUGAUGUGCUGAAUUAAAAAAAAAAAAAAAAAAAUGUCA